CAUGGAAGACAUGAAUGCGUGAACAGGUCCAAGUACAAUGGCACUGUCAUAUGCACUGGAAAGUGGUUUCACGCGAAUUCUACCACAUGGGAAAAGUGAAACACGCUCCAAUGAGAUGGACUGCACCGGCCGAACCAUAACCCAAAGUCCACAAAUCUUAAAAAAAAAAAAAAUGUUGACAGGCUGACUCUCACUCGUUCCGGCACCCCCUUCCUCCCUUCCUUUUUAAGGGGGCAGAAAGUCCCGGACUUUCCCUAACUCUCUCUCUUCUCAAGGAACAGAAACACUCACAAAUAUUGUGACCUGUUGUUGCUGAGGAGAGAGAACAUCCAAGAAUCGUGAGCCUAGACCUGUCCCUGGUUGAGCCUUUACUGUGGGGUUCUUAAUGGCGAGUUUUGUGAUAUCAGAAUGUGGUUUAAAGCCUCUUCCUCAUAUCUACGCUAGACCCAGAGCUGGAGUCGUCUCGAGGAACUCUGCAAAACCCAGAUUUUUACAUACAAGCAAGAACUUUUCAGAUCUAAAAACAACAAACUCGAUAAAAUUCUCUACUGGGGUUUUUGAAGACAGAAACUGGGGGCUGAAAGUGAGUGCUCCAUUGAAAGUUGCAUCCAUAGAAGAAGAUGAGGAAAGAGAAGAGAGAAUCCGUUAUGUUAACGGGUUUGGAGAACAAGAAGAAGAGUCAGGAUUCGACCCAGGGGCGCCGCCACCGUUCAAAUUAUCUGAUAUAAGAGCUGCCAUACCAAAGCAUUGUUGGGUAAAGGAUCCAUGGAAAUCUAUGAGCUACGUGGUGAGGGAUGUUGCUGUGGUUUUUGGCCUUGCUGCUGCUGCGGCUUAUCUCAACAACUGGCUUGUUUGGCCUCUUUACUGGGCUGCUCAAGGGACCAUGUUUUGGGGUCUUUUUGUUCUUGGUCAUGAUUGCGGCCAUGGGAGCUUUUCAAACAAUCCCAAGCUAAACAGUGUAGUGGGGCAUCUCUUGCAUUCUUCGAUUCUUGUGCCUUAUCAUGGAUGGAGAAUUAGCCAUAGGACUCAUCAUCAAAACCAUGGGCAUGUUGAGAAUGAUGAAUCAUGGCACCCGUUAUCUGAGAAGAUAUACCGGAGUUUGGAUAAUGUAACUCGAAUAUUGCGGUUCAUGUUGCCUUUUCCCAUGCUCGCAUAUCCUUUCUACCUUUGGAUCAGAAGUCCAGGGAAGACAGGUUCUCACUUUGACCCUAACAGUGAUCUGUUUGUCCCAAGUGAGAGAAAAGAUGUGAUUACUUCCACCUUAUGUUGGACGGCCAUGGCUGCUAUUCUUGUUGGGUUAGGCUUCACAAUGGGUCCUACGCAGUUGCUUAAACUAUACGGCAUUCCCUACUGGAUAUUUGUAAUGUGGUUGGAUGGCGUUACAUACUUGCAUCACCAUGGUCAUGAGGAGAAGCUUCCUUGGUACCGUGGAAAGGAAUGGAGUUACUUGAGGGGAGGGCUUACAACACUUGACCGUGACUAUGGAUGGAUCAAUAACAUCCACCAUGACAUUGGAACCCAUGUCAUACACCAUCUCUUUCCUCAGAUCCCUCACUACCACUUGGUAGACGCGACUGAGGCAGCUAAGCCAGUUCUUGGAAAAUACUACCGGGAGCCAGAAAAAUCAGGUCCUCUACCUUUUCACCUGAUUGGAAGUUUGAUAAGAAGCUUGAAGAAAGAUCACUAUGUUAGUGACACUGGAGAUGUUGUGUACUACCAAAGUGACCCAGAGCUUAAAGACCCUUCUAAGUAAGCCAUGAUUCUUCAUAACAUUCCUCAGCUGGAACAGCAGAGAACUUGCGUAAGAGACCAUUUAAGUUGUGAAGUAGAAUUAACAAGGGCAAUUGGAGCCCUUCUUUUUUGGGGGGUGGCAAAGCAUAUAAUGCAGGGUAUUUUUUUUCUUUCUAUAUUGCCAUUUUACUUCUAAAGGAAAAUAUAUAUUUAUUCUUUACAAGAGAAAUAAUUGCUCAAGCUAAAUUAAACAUUGAUUGCUUGAUUAAAUCCUCUACAAAAAUGGAGAAAAGGAGUUCACAAAAGAAUGAGUUCUUGUUGUUUACCCUUGGAUAUGUGAGAAAUGGAGACAUCAAGUUACCUCUUUACUUUCGGAAGUGGUCCCGAUCAGAAGAAGUGAUCAAGCGAAUCACUACCAUACAUCAUUAUCAGUCUCUACUAUUCUAUUGAUGUGGUAAUGAGAAAUUAGCAGCUUUUUUUUCUCUUU